ACAGCUAUAGUUAACGAACUCCUCCGCCACUUUCUUUCGUUACCGUCGAUACCGCAACUAUGGAUGGCGCUCUGGUUGCGUCCUCCGGGAGCCAUCCAGUUGUAUCUCCGUCCGCAUCGACUACCUCUCUGCUUCCAUCCCUGAAUCCCACUUUACUUGUCGACUAUCUAGCAGAAGUCCUCUCUGUUACGGUCGGUGCUACUAAGCGAGAGUUGGAAGCUCCCGGGAGUCUCCUCUCGGACAGUCGCUAUUCCGAGACUUUGCAGAAAUGCUCCAGGUUCGCUGCGGAGCCAAUUGUGGUGUUAUAUGCCUCGAAGGACCUCGUGGAGCUUGAACAGUCUCCAAACGACGCCAUCUGUGAGUUGGAUCACCCCAUUUCCCUUGUCCAUUAUCACCAGAGGCCGCUGAUAAUUUGACUUAGCUGUUGCUGGAACUGCCUCACAAUCGUACACGUACUCUAUUGCAUCAGAGUUAUCAUCAUUACCGUCCACGGUUGCGUCUGUUGCCAUUAUCAAGCGACCUCAGCCCCUGGAUCCCUCCAUUCCUCUCCAUGCCCAGAUACAAAUUAUGAACCUUCCCGGGACAGUGGUGUUGAAUAGUAGUGCUCAGGGCUCGGUAUCGCCGUUCGAGAUAUUGCAUUCCGUUGUGCAUUUAGCUUUGGGACCUUACUUCGAUGCUUAUACCAAAGGCCAGGAAGCUCAGCCCAACGGGCGGAUCAAUCGUUUUGCUGAUGGUGAAGCCAAGACUGGUAUUCCUGUUACAAAGAAAAAGCUUGCCGAAUUAGAGCUCUCUCUUCUACAUUUGCAGCAGAAUAUCGAAAUACCUGAGCUCUCAUUGAACCUCCAUAAUGUAGUGCAGCUGGCUGUAGACGAGGUAUAAAUAAUCCAUUAUUUAGCAUAGCGAUAUUGUAUAGAGACUGACUUUAAUGUAGGCUAUGCUUAAAAGUGCACGACCUUCGUUGGACCUUAUACCCGCGAACCUAUUACAAGAUAGCACAUUCCUCAAUAAUCUUCAGUCCAUUGUGAAUGCUUGGAUCAAAUCAAUCCAGUCAAUAACUAAAAUGUCCCGGGACACCGAAAGCGGGACUGCUACCCAAGAAAUUAAUUUUUGGCUAUCGAUGGAGAGCGCUUUGGAGGGCAUAGAGGAGCAACUCAGGAGCGACGGCGUACAGCUUACCCUAGAGAUAUUGAAGCAUGCAAAGCGAUUCCAUGCCACUGUCAGUUUUAUCGCGGACACUGGGUUGAAGGAGGCUACGGACAAAGGUGGGUUUCAUUUCUGUCCGAGUGCGCGAGCGAUUCAUGUCGAGAUGCCUACUGACCGCUCGAUCCUAAUAGUGCAAAAAUACAAUCAACUUAUGCGCGACUUCCCGCUCGACGAACUUUUGUCUGCCACAAGCCUCGCGAAGGUACAGGAUGCAAUUGUCGGGAUCUUUAUUCAUCUCAACAAAAAGUUACGAAUAUGUCCUUAUCCCAUUCGGAGGGCACUUCCGCUUGUGGAGGCGAUUUCGGCAGAUUUGGACUCCCAGAUCCACUCGUUACUUAGCGGGCGUCGGUUGAUGCAUUUGGAAUAUAGUGACUUCGAAUCGCUGAUGAACGUUGCCGAAGGGAUCUUUAGGACUUGGGAAGAUAACAUCAAAGAGUUUACUAACGUUGCCCGAGAAGUAACGAGGAAACGAUCCGAGAAAUUUAUCCCGAUAAAGAUAGCGGCCAGACACCUCAAAACACAAGAGAGGUUGGCUUACGUUAAAGGCUUCCGACAUGGUCAUGAGCAGUUGCAACGAACAAUUGCAAACGUUCUCGCCCCUAAUUCGUACGAGAAUGGUGCCAACCCGAACUCGAGGGAGGGGGGAGCUGUGUCGGAAGACAUUGGUGAUGUUGAUGCCGUCGAGGAGGUUUCCCAGGCAUACGCUGUUCUGAGGGAUGUAGACGUUCUGGAUGUGUCGCCCGAAGGUACAGAGAUUUGGAUCGCGGCGGAGAACGCAUACAAUGAACGGACUUCUCGUGUGGAGAAUUCCAUUAUUGCCCGGUUAAGGGACAGGCUAGCCACCGCGAAGACCGCUAAUGAGAUGUUUCGGGUGUUUUCAAAAUUCAAUGCCCUCUUCGUGCGACCAAAGAUCCGGGGUGCUAUUCAGGAAUACCAGACGCAGCUUAUCGACAGCGUUAAACUUGAUAUCGCAGCUCUCCACGAACGGUUCAAGCAGCAAUAUGGGCAUUCCGAAGCACAUGCUAUGGCUCAAUUGCAUGACCUACCUCCGAUCUCGGGUGCGAUUAUUUGGGCCAAGCAGAUCGAGAGGCAAUUAAACGCCUAUAUGAAGAGGGUUGAGGACGUUCUGGGGCAUGGUUGGGAACUUUAUCACGAAGGUCAGAAGUUGCAGGGGGAAAGCAUCACUUUUAGAAAGAAAUUGGAUACACGACCGAUCUUCGAGACCUGGUCGAACGAUGUGCAAAAGCGCAACAUAUCUAUUUCGGGAAGACUAUUCAGUAUCACGAGAAAUAGGGCCGCCGGUAACUCUUUGGAGCUAGUGGUCAAUUUCGAUCCUCAGGUCAUCGCGUUGUUCAAGGAGGUCCGGAACCUGUUAUGGCUUAAUUUUCAGGUUCCCCAUUCGAUCAAUAAUAUUUCUAAGGAGGCGAAACGCGUUUAUCCUUACGCAGUUAGUUUGAUGGAGACUGUUCGAACCUUUGCUCAAAUUAAUAGAACAAUAUCCGAGAUGUCCGAUGUUUCGAUCUUGCUUAGCGGUUAUCAGAACGACGUACACACCUUGAUAGGCAAGGGCACCCCCCUGAAAUGGGAGUCCUUUGUUCACUCUUAUGACCUGCACUUGAGGCAACUACAGUAUCUUCCUAACGGAAACAUUGAUCCCUCAGCAUCGCUGCAAGGAAGGGAGAGCAAACAUGUGCAAUUCGUCCGAGACUUUGCAGCCGCUGUCUCUAUCCUCCAAAUCAAGACUGGGACACUCGCUAGCAUUCACGAGACAUCGCAAAAAGCCAUGGCAGAGCUAUGCACUUGCCCUUAUGAUAUGGAUGCCUUCCAACAGAAGCUCGAAGUUAUUCAAACCGCUGUUGAUCAACUCAAUUUGGAGAAUUAUGUCAAUUUACCUCACUGGGUUGGGGAGUUGAAUAGUAAGAUUGAAAUGAUCCUACUUGGCCGGCUUCAGGAAGCGGUUGCGCGAUGGAUUUGGGUGUUUAAGGAUGCAAAAGGUGAUGAAGGAGCCGAUGGUGACAGUCAACGUAAGCGGAUGAGCAGAAACGAGGAGGUUGAUGUCGAUGGGAUUGUAAGGGACAGAGAUGCGUAUGACCCACGCAUGAAGAGACUUGUGCAUGAGAUUAGCAUCCGGAACCAAGUUAUUUACCUCGACCCGCCGCUAGAGUUUGCGAGGGCCAGCUGGUUCUCCCAGCUGCAUCAGUGGUUGAGCAUUGUCUGUAAUCUCCGGAAGCUUAAGGCGAGUCGAUACGAGAUGAAUAUCAACCUAGCUGCGGGGGACUCUGAAAUGCUGUUCUCCGAUCUGGUAGGUUUAAGACAUUUUCGGGAACCCUCUUUUUCCUUUACUAAUUGUGUACAGCCUGCGAGUUGCGCGCCUACCCUCUCUGAUGCCUACGAAGCAAUAGAACAAAAAUUGGCGGCAGUUGGAACAUAUGUCGACAAAUGGCUCCGGUUCCAAUCCCUGUGGGAUUUACAGUCGGAACAAGUCUACGAUAUCCUCGGUGAUAAUCUUGAACGAUGGCUUCAGUUGUUGACAGAAAUCCGAAAAACUCGAUCCACAUUCGAUACCUCAGACGUUAGCCAGUCAUUCGGCAACCUUUCCGUAGAUUACGAGCAAGUUCAGACAAAGGUCAACGCGAAAUACGAUCAAUGGCAGCACGACAUUCUUGUCAAGUUUGCCAAUAAACUUGGAAAUCGUAUGAGGGAAGCUCACGCAGAAAUUGGGAAAGCCAGACGUGACCUGGAGGGACAAUCUCUUGAGGCUUCAUCUACGGCCCAGGCUGUAUCUUUUAUCACUAUCGUGCAACAAUGCAAGCGCAAAGUUAAGUCCUGGGCACCGGAAGUUGACCUUUUCCGAAAGGGAGAAACUACCCUCUCUCGCCAAAGAUACCAAUUCCAGCAGGACUGGUUAUUUGUUGACCAGAUUGACGGAGAAUGGGCGGCUCUAAAUGAAAUAUUGGCCCGGAAGAGCAAAAUCGUGCAAGAUCAAACUGGUGAGUACUGUGUUACUAAUGGUGCGUGAUCGCUCUAAUACUGAUGACCCUUAGAUGCGCUUCGAGCAAAGAUUGUGGCAGAGGAUACCGUUGUUACGGAUAAGAUUAACAAUAUCGUCGGGGAGUGGAACGAUCAAAAACCUGUUUCAGGCACUAUAGCUCCGGAGGAGGCAUCACAAACCUUGAGUGACUUCGAGACGAGAUUAACCCAACUCAAGUCCGAAUCUGAGAUGGUUUCGAAAGCCAAAGAAGCUCUAGACAUUCCUGCCGGCCCGGAGAAUAUCCUGGUUUCAAUUCUUGAGGAAGUCCAGGAUUUCAAAUCCGUUUGGUCUGCUCUUUCCACAAUUUGGAAGAGUCUGAACGAUCUGCGUGACACUCCUUGGUCCUCUGUUAUUACCCGAAAGAUUCGUCAAGGACUCGAGGGCUUAAUAAAUAUGACCAAGGAGAUGCCCAGCCGGAUGCGACAAUAUGCCGCUUUUGAGCACAUUCAGAACGUCCUUCGCCAAUUGGUCAAAGUUAACCCGCUCUUGUCGGAGAUGAAAUCCGAGGCUGUCAGGGAGAGACAUUGGAGUAAGAUAUUUAAGGCACUAAAGCCAGGACAUAGGCUAUUUUUGUCUACUCUCACUCUGGGCACAGUUUGGGAUCUCAAUCUGAUCGCCAGUGAACCAGUGAUCCGUGAUAUUAUUGCCCAAGCGCAAGGGGAAAUGGCGCUGGAAGAGUUUUUGAAGCAGGUUUGUAGCCUUGGACUCUACGUCCUCUAAUAUUGGCGGUCUAAUCCAGGCUAAUAAUUACUUUAGGUUCGGGAAACAUGGUCCAAUUAUGUGCUCGACCUCGUCAGUUAUCAGAAUAAAUGCCGUUUGAUUCGCGGCUGGGAUGAUCUUUUUGCUAAAUGCAGCGAAAAUCUUAAUUCGCUCCAAGCCAUGAGGCAUUCCCCGUAUUACAAGGAGUUUGAGGAUGAGGCAUCCUCGUGGGAAGACAAGCUGAACAGGGUUCAUGUCUUAUUCGACAUCUGGAUUGAUGUCCAGCGCCAAUGGGUUUACCUCGAAGGCGUCUUCACCGGAAACGCUGACAUCAAGCACCUUUUGCCUAUCGAAUCCUCCCGAUUCCAAAACAUAAAUUCCGAGUUCUUUACCGUAAUGAAAAAGGUCUACAAGUCGCCUUACAUUCUCGACGUUCUCAACAUUUCUGGCGCCCAAAAGUCCUUGGAGCGUCUGGCGGAGCUCCUCAAUAAAAUCCAGAAGGCGCUUGGUGAAUAUCUGGAGCGUGAGAGGGUUUCAUUCCCUCGCUUUUAUUUUGUUGGUGAUGAGGAUCUACUUGAGAUCAUUGGAAAUAGUAACGAUACCUAUCGCAUCCAGAAGCAUUUCAAAAAGAUGUUUGCAGGGCUUUCUGGCUUGGUCAUGGAUGACGAUUCUACCAUCUUGGGCUUCACAUCAAAGGAGGGCGAGGAAGUGAAAUUGAAGAAAGAGAUAUCCCUGAUUAAGACACCUAAGAUCAAUGACUGGCUCACCGCUCUUGAAACCAACAUGAAACUUACCCUGGCCGAGCUUCUGGCAGAGGCUGUGCGGGAUUUCAUUGGUAUUUUCGCCAUGAAAGAUUUGAACAAAGAGAAAUUCUCCGAAUACAUCGCGCAAUAUCCAGCACAAAUCCUAGUCCUUGCAACCCAAGCGGUUUGGACAACGGUGGUAGACAGGUCUUUGGCUGAAGGGGGCACAGGCCUACAAGGCUUGUAUGAACAAGAGGUUAAGGUACUCGCGCUACUUGCAGCAACGGUUUUGGGGAAUCUCGAGCCUAUCGAGAGAAAAAAAUGCGAACAUUUGAUCACUGAGUUUGUUCAUCAACGCGACGUCAUAUUUAGACUUGCUAGUUCCGGAGCGAAUUCAACGGAAGAUUAUACAUGGCUACUUCAAAUGAGAUAUUAUUAUCGAGACGAAGGAGAAUAUCUGAGUAGACUGAAGAUCAGGAUGGCAAAUGCAGAGCUCGAAUACGGAUUCGAGUAUCUUGGCGUGGCUGAACGUCUUGUGCGCACACCACUGACUGAUAGGUGCUUCUUGACAUUGACCCAAGCCUUGUGCCAGAGGCUCGGAGGAUCUCCUUAUGGCCCAGCAGGAACUGGAAAAACAGAGUCGGUCAAGGCACUUGGUGUUCAACUUGGCCGGUUCACCUUGGUAUUUUGCUGUGACGACACCUUCGACUUCCAGGCAAUGGGGAGAAUCUUUUUGGGAAUCUGUCAGGUCGGAGCGUGGGGCUGUUUCGACGAGUUUAAUCGCUUGGAGGAGAGGAUAUUGUCUGCUGUGUCGCAACAAGUUCAGAACAUCCAGCUUGGAUUAAAGAAAGCGAUUGAGGACUCCGACGCGCAGAUAGAAUUGGUUGGCAGACAGCUCAAAGUGCAUCAGAAUACAGGUAUGAAUACUCACAUCUUCCUCGGGCGGAACCCCGGUGUUAAUAUAGACGCCUAGGCAUCUUUAUCACCAUGAAUCCUGGUUAUGCCGGCCGUUCGAAUUUGCCAGACAAUCUUAAGAAACUCUUCCGAAGUGUUGCUAUGUCGAAGCCUGAUAAAGAGCUUAUUGCUGAAGUCAUGCUUUACUCGCAAGGAUUUAACCAGGCGAAACAACUUUCCAAGCAAACCGUACCAUUUUUCGACCGUUGUGCUUCACGACUUUCAAAACAAGCGCAUUAUGAUUUUGGAUUGCGUGCACUGAAGAGUGUGCUUGUUAGUUCUGGGGGAUUGAAGAGAGCGAGACUAGUAAACGAUAGUGUUGAUUUAGACGGCGAAAAAAUAUCGGGCUCCGACUGGGAAGCACAGAUUAUUGUGCAGAGCCUGAGAGAAACUAUAGCCCCCAAAUUGAUUCGGAGCGAUGUGGAGAUUAUGAGGGGGUAAGCUCGCACCCCGCGUUAAUCCAUGUUUCACCUCUAAUAUACUGCCUUAGAAUUGAAGAAGAGUCGUUCCCGGGAAUCCAAUACGUGCCCGGAAAUCUGGGUAAACUAGAGGAAUCAAUAAGAAGGAUUGCCACGGAACAAAACCUUGUUUUGACGGAUACCUGGAUGACCAAGGUUUUGCAAUUAUACCAAAUUCAAACUAUCCACCAUGGCGUGAUGAUGGUUGGAAACUCUGGUUCAGGAAAAUCUGGCGCCUGGAAAGUGCUACUUCAGGCUUUGCAUCAAGUCGAGAGCCAAGAAGGUGUUUAUCAUAUAAUUGACUCGAAGGUUAUGUCGAAGGAGGCUUUGUACGGAAGUCUCGAUUCGACAACGAGAGAAUGGACCGACGGACUUUUUACUAGCAUUUUGAGGAAGAUCGUCGACAAUCUACGCGGCGAAGAUUCGAAGAGGCAUUGGAUUGUUUUUGAUGGUGAUGUUGAUCCGGAGUGGGUUGAGAACUUGAACAGGUAUUCACCCUCCCACCCUCCAUUGUCGGAUAUUAACUAACUAUAUCAUGUAGUGUUUUGGAUGAUAACAAGCUACUCACUCUACCAAACGGAGAACGCCUUAACCUUCCCUCCAACGUUCGCAUCAUGUUUGAAGUUGAGACUCUGAAAUAUGCUACCUUGGCCACAGUCAGCCGAUGUGGUAUGGUCUGGUUCAGUGAGGACACCGUCACCUCAAAAAUGAUGGUUGCCCAUUACCUCAAGUCUCUUCGGACAGUUAUAUUUGAGGAUCUCGAUGAGGACAAUACGAUCAGUUCCGGACAGGCCUCGGCUAAGGCUCUUUCAACCCAAUCCCACAUGGCAGAGCUUCUCGGUCAACUCCUUGAUAAUGACAAUUUUAUUGUGGAAACUCUGACGGAAGCGAGAAAGUACAACCAUAUCAUGGAGUUUACAGAGGUUCGAGUUCUAAAUACGCUCUUCUCGUUGCUUAAUAAGAUAUGUCGGACCAUGAUCGAAUACAAUAUUCAACACGCCGACUUCCCGCUUGAGGAUGAGCAGGUCGAAGCAUACGUUUCGAAAAAAUUACUUUUAGCAUUGGUCUGGAGCUUUACGGGAGACUGCCCUUUGACGGACCGACAAUCCUUCGGGCACUACGUGUGCGGUUUAGCGACGAUCGAGCUUCCACCUUUGACCGGUGGAGGUGCUAUCGUUGACUUCGAUGUUUCUCUACCCAAAGCAGAAUGGACGCCAUGGCAAGACCAAGUACCUUCGAUUGAAAUCAAUACCCACUCUGUCACCCAGACUGAUCUCGUCAUCCCCACUCUGGAUACCGUUCGACACGAGGACGUCUUGUACUCAUGGUUGGCGGAACACAAGCCGCUACUUUUGUGUGGACCUCCGGGUUCCGGUAAAACCAUGACAUUGUUCAGUGCUUUAAGGAAGCUUCCAAACAUGGAAGUUGUUGGAUUAAACUUUUCCAGUGCUACCACACCAGACCUUCUCAUCAAGACUUUUGAGCAAUAUUGCGAGUAUAAGAAGACAUUGAACGGAGUGAUGCUCUCCCCAACCCAAAUCGGGCGCUGGCUGGUACUGUUCUGCGACGAGAUAAAUUUGCCAGCGCCAGACAAAUACGGGACACAGCGCGCAAUAUCAUUCCUCAGGCAAUUGGUAGAACAAAACGGUUUCUGGAGGACCUCUGACAAAACCUGGGUCACCUUAGACCGCAUUCAGUUCGUGGGAGCGUGUAAUCCCCCCACUGAUGCUGGCCGUACACCCAUGGGAGCCCGUUUCCUUCGGCACGCUCCGCUCAUCAUGGUCGACUAUCCUGGUGAACUGUCAUUGACACAAAUUUAUGGAACCUUUAACAGUGCUGUCUUGAAGAUUAUUCCCACCCUUCGAGGAUACUCGGAACCGCUUACGAAAGCAAUGGUUCAAUUCUACUUAGAGUCACAGCAAAGAUUUACCCCAAAGAUCCAGCCGCACUAUGUCUACUCCCCCAGAGAACUUACGAGGUGGGUUAGGGGCUUAUACGAGGCCUUGAGGCCAUUGGAAACGCUCUCCAUUGAAGGGCUAGUCAGGAUAUGGGCGCACGAGGCGCUGCGGUUGUUCGAAGAUCGUCUCGUCGGAGAAGAUGAGAGACAAUGGACCGCAGAUGCAACCAAGAGAAUUGCCCUUCAACAUUUCCCCGGCAUUGACCAAGAGAAGGCGCUGGGUGGGCCAAUAUUGUUUUCGAAUUGGUUAUCUAAGAACUAUAUUCCUGUGGAGAGAGAACAAUUAAGAGAUUUCGCAAAGGCACGUCUAAGGACUUUCUGUGAGGAGGAAGUUGAUGUACCGUUGAUCCUCUUCAACGAUGUACUAGAACAUGUAUUGCGCAUUGACAGGGUCUUCAGACAGCCGCAAGGGCAUUUGAUUCUUAUCGGUGUCAGUGGAAGUGGAAAGGUACGUUGUUUCACACAUUAUACUUUUAUCUUGCUAACCGGAGUUCCUAGACCACCCUAUCUCGGUUUGUGGCCUGGAUGAAUGGACUCAAAGUCUUCCAGAUUAAAGUUCAUGGAAAAUAUUCCGCGGAAGACUUCGACGAGGAUCUUCGGGAUGUUCUUCGGCGAUGUGGCUGUAAAGGGGAGAAAAUUUGCUUUAUCAUGGACGAGUCUAACGUCCUCGAUUCUGGGUUCUUAGAGCGUAUGAAUACCUUGCUAGCAAAUGCAGAGGUUCCCGGCCUCUUCGAGGGAGACGAAUUUGCAGCUCUGAUGACAGCCUGUAAGGAAGGCGCUCAGCGACAGGGAUUGCUUCUAGAUUCCCAGGAGGAGUUGUACAAAUGGUUCACUCAACAGAUCGUCAAGAAUCUGCACGUCGUCUUUACUAUGAAUCCCCCGGAGGACGGUCUAUCAUCUAAGGCAGCGACAUCCCCAGCAUUGUUCAAUCGCUGCGUUCUUAACUGGUUUGGAGAUUGGUCAGAUCAAGCUUUCUUCCAAGUGGGGAUGGAAUUAACACAAUCCCUUGAUCUCGACAGAGCGACCUACAGGGCUCCCGACAGUAUUCCGGUGGCAUACAGAGAACUUCCGUUGCCGCCUUCUCAUCGCGAGGCAGUUGUCAACGCAAUGGUUUAUAUCCAUUACUCGCUUCACCAGUUCAAUGCUAAACUCCAGAGGCAACAAAACAAGACAACAUACCUAACACCCCGACAUUUCCUCGACUUUGUUGCUCAGUAUGUCAAACUUUAUAAUGAGAAACGCGAGGAUCUUGAGGAGCAACAACGGCACUUGAAUGUUGGGUUGGAGAAAUUAAAGGACACGGUCGACAAGGUGCGGGAGCUUCGAACAAGCUUAGCCGAAAAGCAGGGACAACUCGAGAGAAAGAGCGCCGAGGCGAACGAAAAACUGCAGAGGAUGGUCGCCGAUCAGCAGGAAACCGAACAAAAGCGAGCUGCUUCUCUCCAAGUCCAAGCAGAAUUGGAAGUCCAAGAGAAGGCGGUUGCCCAACGAAGGAAAGUUGUGUUGAGUGACCUUGCAAAGGCUGAGCCAGCCGUCAUCGAAGCCCAAAGAAGUGUGGGAAAUAUUAAGAAGACUCACUUGAACGAAGUCAGGGUCAUGGGAAAGCCCCCGGUAGCUGUUCGACUCGCUAUGGAGUCCGUUUGCACGUUGUUGGGGCAUAAGGUAGAUGCAUGGCCAACAGUACAAUCUAUCGUGGGACGUUCAGAUUUCGUCUCGAGCAUUAUCAACUUUGACAACGAGAAGCAGAUGACCAAAAGUCUUCGACUCAAAAUGCAAAAGGAAUACCUUUCUUCCCCGAGUUACAACCCGGAAGCGAUGAAUAGGGCUAGCAAAGCAUGUGCACCUUUGGCUCAAUGGGUAGAAGCACAGGUCAAUUACGCCGAAAUUCUUGAUCGCGUAGGGCCUUUGAGGGACGAGGUUGAUCAGCUGGAGGAGCAAGCAAAGCAGACAAAGGCACAGGCACAGGCGAUGCAAGAUAUGAUCCAAGAGCUUGAACGGAGUAUUGCCAGAUAUAAAGACGAAUAUGCAGCCCUCAUCAGCGAAACUCAGGCUCUCAAAACCGAAAUGUCCCGCGUCCAGUCAAAAGUUGACCGCAGUGUUAAGCUUUUGGAUAGUUUAUCUUCUGAGAAGACUCGCUGGGAGUACGGCAGCAAGUCCUUUGAAACACAAAUAGGGACAUUGAUUGGAGAUGUCAUUGUGUCUGCAGCAUUCCUAGCGUACGGUGGGCUCUAUGAUCAACAGUAUCGCAAAUCGAUGUCAGACGACUGGCUCAACCAUCUCUCGUUAUCCGGUAUUCAGUAUAAGGAACAUAAUCCGGUUACAGAAUAUCUAUCAACUGCCGACGAGAGACUUGUGUGGCAAGAGAACGGGUUGCCUGUGGAUGAUCUUUGCACCGAGAAUGCGAUCGUCCUCAAGAGGUUCAACCGUUAUCCUCUCAUCAUCGACCCUUCCGGCCGAGUCACAGAAUUCCUGGCCAACCAGAGCAGCGAGCGGCGUCUUACCAUCACAAGUUUCCUAGACGACUCAUUUACCAAGCAGUUGGAGAGCUCACUCCGUUUCGGAAAUCCUAUUCUUAUUCAGGACGCGGAGCACCUAGACCCUAUUCUCAAUCACGUCUUAAACAAGGAAUACCAGAAAACCGGAGGCCGUGUAUUGAUCCAACUCGGGAAACAGGAAAUCGAUUUCUCGCCUUCAUUCAAGUUAUAUUUGUCGACUCGUGAUCCAUCGGCGUCCUUCGCCCCCGACAUCUGCAGCCGCACUACUUUUGUCAAUUUCACUGUUACCCAGAGUAGUCUACAGACCCAGUCGUUGAACCAGGUACUGAAGUUCGAGAGACCGGAUGUUGAUCAACGUAGGACGAACUUGAUGAAGCUCCAAGGCGAAUUCAAGCUGCAUCUUCGACAGCUCGAGAAGCGUCUUUUGCAAGCAUUAAACGAAUCCCGAGGAAAUAUUUUGGAUGAUGAUCGGGUCAUCGAUACGCUUGAGACCCUGAAGACCGAGGCGGCUGAGGUGUCACGCAAGAUGGCAGAAACAGAUGGUGUAAUGACCGAGGUGGAAACAAUCACCCUGCAGUACCAAGUCAUUGCCCGUGCAUGCAGUUCUGUCUUCGCGGUGCUUGAACAACUCCAUCAUCUCAACCACUUUUACCAGUUCUCGCUCCAGUAAGUUGCCUGACCUCCUUUACUUUGACAGCAAUUAAUUGACCAAAUAUUCAGAUAUUUCCUUGGUAUCUUCCAUUCUGUCCUACACGACAACAAGCGUUUGCAAGCUGAGAAGGACUACAACGCCCGUAUCCAAAUCAUUCUCCAUGACCUUUUCGUUACAACGUGAGCUUAACAAGUGCCUCUUCCUCUACCAUCUUACUAAUCUUCUACAGUUAUCAACGUACUGCCUUGGGAUUGCUUCAGAAAGACCGCGUGACCCUAGCAAUGCUUCUUGCCCAGGCGUCUCCAUACAAGAUGGACAAGUCUUUGAUCGACCGCAUCUUGGGUGAUGGCCUUCCGGGUAUAGAUGCUUCGACCGAAGUGGACAGGAAGGAUGAAGCCAUUCGACGAGCUUCGACACUUCCCAUUUUCAAGAAUUAUGUUGAAAAUAUCACCGCCGAAGAAUGGGAAAGGUUUUUUCAGGAGGAGACUGCUGAGAGCUUUGUACCCGUUGUUUGGGACAACAAGCUGCCCCAUCUUGAUCAAGAACUAAACAAACUUCUGCUUGUCAAACUUGGCAGAGUGGACCGCUUUGUUCCAUCUGCGGAGAAGUUUGUGGGCGCUGUCUUUGGAAAGGACGUUUUGGAUGCUACUGGAGAUCUUCGCCAGGUCGUAGCUCAAGUAUCCGCAACUACCCCCAUUGCUCUCGCCUCCUCACCUGGUUUUGAUGCAAGUUACAAAGUGGAUAGUUUGGUGGAACAGCUUAGAGUUAGCUGCACCAAUAUCGCCAUGGGGUCAAACGAGGGUUUGGCAACUGCAGACAAGGCGGUCGGUAACGCCGCUUCGGCUGGGACCUGGGUCUUGGUUAAAAAUGUGCAUCUUACUCCUGCAUGGCUACAAUCGUUAGAGAAGAGACUUGAUGCACUGCGGCCCCAUCCUAACUUCAGGCUAUUCCUCUCUAUGGAGUCUUCACCUAAAAUCCCGAUCAACCUGCUGCGUGCUUCGCGCGUACUCAUGUACGAACAACCUGCCGGGGUCCGUGCCAAUAUGAAGGAUUCGCUUUCAACGCUGUCAACUCGUCCAGCCAAACAACAGCCUACCGAGAAAGCAAGGGUAUACCUCCUUCUUUCCUUCUUACAUGCGGUUGUUCAGGAGAGACUACGCUACGUUCCUGACCUGGGGUGGAAAGGAUGGUGGGAGUUCAAUGACAGUGAUGUAAGCCGCUCGCCCUUGUUUAUUGCACUGAGUAUGCUAAGUCCUGGGAUAGUACGAGUGCUCGGCCUAUAUUAUCGACACUUGGAUUGAUCACGUUUCUGGUGGCCGUACGAAUGUUGCUCCAACUAAGCUUCCUUGGAACAUGAUCCGUACUCUUAUUACAGAGACAUAUGGGGGCAAAAUCGAUGACGAGGGUGAUUUCCAGCGUUUGACGGAUCUAGUCAAAUCCGUGUUCACCCCCGAUGCUUUCAACUCCGACUUCAAAUUGGUUGAUACGGACCAACCUCUCUACGUUCCUGAAGGUAUUGGAAUGCCGGACUUCAUGCAAUGGGUCAACGCGCUUCCGGAGAGAGAACCACCAACUUACUUGGGCCUACCAGCGAAUGCAGAGAAGCUAUUGCUUGUGGGGCACGGAAAGGGAAUGAUCAAGAAUUUAGGCACUAUUACAGAUAUGUUGGAGGAAGGAGAGCGGGUUGUAGCAGAGGUAGCGAACGCCGCUUAGUUAUUUCUUUUCGUAUUUGUUAUUCCCCCAAUUUCAAGCGCUUUAGCAUUGAGUGUUUUUGUUUGGGGAUUGUUCCUGUAUUGUUGGGCGUAUAUCCUAUUUCUUAUUUUCUUGUCGAGACGCGCAAUACUAUAGCUAUACACAAUUGAUAUACACUCACCUCUCUCG